GAGAAAUAAAGGAGAAAGGGCUUAGCCAGUGCAUCAAUAUAGCACUUGGAUGGGAUAAGACGGAGGGAAGGAUCGAUGCCCAACCACUGAGACCAUCGGGUAUUGAACACCGACCCUGCAAGCACCUUACACGUCUCUCAGUACCGACCAGACCAAGUGAUUGGCUGACUUCAGAACUCACUAACUUAACAAUUAAGUCGUGUGUAUAAUUAAUUUUAGUGUACAAAUCCCUUGAGGAUUUAUCCCAUCAAAUCCCUUGCGGAUUUAGCCCAUCAAAUCCCUUGCGGAUUUAGCCCAUCAAAUCCCUUGUGAAUUUGUUCAUUUGAUCCAUCACGCUAUUGUAUUUCCGAGUGCACUAAUUUUAGUGUUAAUAAUUCUUUUUUUUUGCAAUAUUGUAUUGAUUCUCAGAUUAUUAAGUGGAAACUUAUACAAACUUUGUGUUAAUAAUCAGACGAGACCUUUAGAAUGUGUUCAAUAUGGCCAGUAUUGCUCUUUGACAGGCGCUGAUAUUCCCUUUAACGAGUAGAGAAAAUGAAACUAGAGAAAGUGAAUAUAGAAAGUGACAGAAAAAGUCAAACUAGCGAAAGGAAAGUGCCCAAGAAAUUAUACUAGCGUCAAGAUACUGGAAUAUACCUUCUGGUGAAAGUGUCAACAGUGUCACUGGUGUAUUGUGUAUGCUAAAGCAUACAGUAUACUCUCGUGUGUGUGUAUGUGUGUAUAUUCGGGAUCAAGGAUCCAGCGGGUUGUUGUGGUUGGUGACGAGUGUUCACAGACAGGUCAACUACCCCAUCCGAGGCCAGGGAACUCUGAGGAUAAGCAAAGGUAUUUUUGCUACAAAGGUACAUUCGUCUAUUAUCGCACCUGUUGGUACAGAAGAUCAGGCUCCUAUUGCUGUCUAGACGGAAGAUUCAACUCUACUCACACCUGUCUAGACGGAAGAUUCAACUCUACUCACACCUGUCUAGACGGAAGAUUCAACUCUACUCACACCUGUCUAGACGGAAAAUUCAUCUGUCAACCUGUCCGCCCCCUGGUAGGACGGUCAACCUACACCUCUACUACACCCUCUACAGUACACUCCCUCUUAUAGAAGUUCCUCUGCGGGAUCUUCUCACGAUGCUCUCCCAAUACACAUCCCCACACACCUGGCAGCUGUAAUCUCCACACACACACCUGUACACCUGUUGAUAGACGGUUGAGAGGCGGGACCAAAGAGCCAGAGCUCAACCCCCGCAAGCACAACUAGGUGAGUACACCUUAACACAUUUAAGGUACACACACACACACACACACACACACACACACACACACACACACACACACACACACACACACACACACACACACUUAACAGUAACGCUAACAAGAACACACUUUAAGUACCCAUUAGACUAUAAAAAUCAACACUCAAGUUCUAUAUAAACAAGAAAAUGUUUAUACAAACAAGAAAAAACAUCAAUUUCUUCAAGAGAACUCACUAAUCUCACCAACAAUAGACAUUGUCAAUUACACAAAAAAAAAAUAUUAACAUAUAUUACUAGAAUUCAAAUUAACAUCUGAUACUAGAAUACAUAGAAACAUCUAUAAUCAGAACAUAUUAACAUCAAUAUAAAUUGACAAAUACAACAAUAUACAUUGACUAAUACAACAACAAUAUACAUCGACUUUUGCAGCCAUAUCAACAGACUUCUACGAGUAGAUAGAUUGACUUCAACAACCCAGAUAGAUUGACUUACACAACACCGGGUAAAUUAGUGUGUACUGAUUUACACAUUGGCCACAAUUUAUUUAUUGCAUAACUGAUCACCACCACAACAUGUAAUACAAUCACAUGUACCAACACCACAUAGCACCACAUAACAGCACCACAUAGCACCACAUAGCACCACCACCAUGAUUGACUGGGUCAGCAUCGUGAGACACUCCCGUAGAAGAUUCAGUAACUACAUGUACUCAGGUCCUACCCGCUUGCGGCGGCGACGCAAGAAGCCGAUCAUGCCUUCCGCAGCUGCCGCAGCUUCCUCCGCUCUCGCCGCAGCCGCAGAGGAGAAGGAACAGAGGAGGAUAGAAGAGGAAGACGAGGAAGACGAAGAGGAGGAGGAGGAGGAAGAGGGGGAACGAUGGGCAGCGCUGGUAGGCAGGCUAAACCCUUGUGAUCUCUGUGGCUGCCUUCCCAAGAAACAU